AUGGCGUCCCUCAAAGUAUUGUCAAGAGCGGAGAAUUUAUUCUUGAAAAACCUGUCUGCCACCUGCAGGCCCAAUUUUAACUCCAUCACCCAUUCCAUGAUCAAGGUCAGUAUCGAAAUGCGUCAAUGAAAUAGACUAAAUACGAAUAGACUGCUAUAUAGCUAGCUAACUAACUAGCUACAGAGAUUGGGAGGCUUUGCUUUUAGUGCGUAUGAUCCAUAGCAUGGCACCUUCAAUUUUAACCCCUAAAUUGAAAUCCAAAUUCAAUAUUUUCAUUUACAGUAUAGGCUUGCAGCAUAAACUACUGGAUGAACUAGCUAACGUUAGGCAACCAGUAAUGGUGAUACUUUUCAUAAAUGCGCGUGGUGUUUGAUGCUUCCAUUCCAUGCUAUCCAUGGUAGCUAUUUCCUAGCUACAUAUUGUACACCAGACAAUGAUGUAACCAACGAUUUUUGAUCCAUUACUGGAUGUUACAGGUUUGCCUAUGCAAAACGUCUCCAGAUUUUUCUACUAAGCUGGUAUUGGCAAUACUGUUUUUGUUAUCGAUUCGGCCAAACAUGUAUACUACAUUACCAAAAGUAUGUGGACAUCUCAUUCCAAAAUCAUGGGCGUUCAGAUGGAGUUUGUCACCUCUUUGCUGCUAUAACAGCCUCCACCCUCCUGGGAAGGCUUUCCACUAGAUGCGAGGACUUGUUUCCAUUCAGCCAUGAGCAUUAGUGAGGUUGGGUACUGAUAUUGGGCGAUUACGCCUGGCUCGCAGUCGGUUUUCCAAUUCAUCCCAAAGGUGUAAAAUGAGGUUGAGGUCAGGGCUCUGUGCAGGCCAGUCAAGUUCUUCCACACAGAUCUUGACAAACCAUUUCUGUAUUGACUUCGCUUUGUGCACAGGGGCAUUGUCAUGUUGAAACAGGAAAGGGCCUUCCCCAAACUGUUGCUACAAAGUUGAAAGCACAGAAUCGUCUAGAAUGUUAUUGUAUGCUGUAGCAUUAAGAUUUCCCUUCACUGGAACUAAGGGGACUAGCCCGAACCAUGAAAAACAGCCCCAGACCAUUAUUCCACCUCCACCAAACUUUACAGUUGGCACUAUGCAUUGGGGCAGGUAGCGUUCUCCUGGCAUCCGCCAAACCCAGAUUUGUCCCGACGAACAGUUAUUGUGCUGACGUUGCUUGCAGAGGUAGUUUGGAACUCAGUAGUGAGUGUUGCAACCAAGGACAGAUGAUUUUUACGUACUUCAGUACUCAGUGGUUCCGUUCUGGCGGCUUGUGUGGCCUACCACUUCGCUGCUGAGCCGUUGUUGCUCCUAGACGUUUCCAAUUCACAAUAACAGCACUUACUGUUGACCGGGGCAGCUCUAGCAGGGCAGAAAUCUGACAAACUGACUUGUUGGAAAGGUGGCAUCCUAUGAUGGUGCUACAUUGAAAGUCACUGCGCUCUUCAAUUAGGCCAUUAUACUGCCAAAGUUUGUCUAUGGAUGUUCGUGCCAUAAUAUGGACUUGGUCUUUUACCAAAUAGGGCUAUCGUCGUCGUCCUUGUCACAACACAACUGAUUGGCUCAAAUGCAUUAAGAAGGAAAUAAAUUAACUUUAAACAAGGCACACCUGUUAAUUAAUAUGCAUUCCAGGUGACUACCUCAUGAAGCUGGUUGAGAGAAUGCCAAGAGUGUGCAAAGCUGUCAUCAAGGCAAAGGGUGGCUGUUUGAAGAAUCUCAAAUAUAAAAUAUAUUUUGAUUUGUUUAACACUUUUUUAGUUACUACAUGAUUCCAUGAUUCAUAGUUUUGAUGUCUUCACUAUUAUUCUACAAUGUAAAAAAUAGUAAAAAUAAAGAAAAACCCUUGAAUGAGUAGGUGUGUCCAAACCUUUGACUGGUAGUGUAUGUAUGAAUGUACAGUUGAAGUCGGAAGUUUACAUACACUUAGGUUGGAGUCAUUGAAACUCGUUUUUCAACCACUCCACACAUUUCUUGUUAACAAACUAUAGUUUUGGCAAGUCGGUUAGGACAUCUACUUUGUGCAUGACACAAGUAAUUUUUCCAAUUAUUUCACUUAUAAUUCACUGUAUCACAAUUCCAGUGGGUCAGAAGUUUACAUACACUAUGUUGACUGUGCCUUUCAACAGCUUGGAAAAUUUCAGAAAAUGAUGUCAUGGCUUUAGAACCUUUUGAUAGGCUAAUUGACAUCAUUUGAGUCAAUUGAAGGUGUACCUGUGGAUGUAUUUCAAGGCCUACCUUCAAACUCAGUGCCUCUUUGCUUGACAUCAUGGGAAAAUCAAAAGAAAUCAGCCAAGACCUCAGAAUUUUUUUUUUUUGACCUCCACAAGUCUGGUUCAUCCUUGGGAGCAAUUUCCAAACGCCUGAAGGUACCACGUUCAUCUGUACAAACAAUAGUACGCAAGUAUAAACACCAUGGGACCACACAGCCGUCAUACCGCUCAGGAAGGAGAAGCGUUCUGUCUCCUAGAGAUGAACGUACUUUGGUUUCGAAAAGUGCAAAUCAAUCCCAGAACAACAGCAAUGAACCUUGUGAAGAUGCUGGAGGAAACGGGUACAGAAGUAUCUAUAUCCACAGUAAAACUAGUCCUAUAUCGACAUAACCUGAAAGGCCGCUCAGCAAGGAAGUAGCAACUGCUCCAAAACCGCCAUAAAAAAGCCAGACUACGGUUUGCAACUGCACAUGGGUACAAAGAUCGUACUUUUUGGAGAAAUGUCCUCUGGUCUGAUGAAACAAAAAUGGAACUGUUUGGCCAUAAUGACCAUCGUUAUGAUUGGAGGAAAAAUGGGGGUACUUGCAAGCCAAAGAACACCAUCCCAACCUUGAAGCACGGGGGUGCUUUGCUGCAGGAGGGACUGGUGCACUUCACAAAAUAGAUGGCAUCAUGAGGAAGGAAAAUUGUGGAUAUAUUGAAGCAACAUCUCAAGACGUCAGUCAGGAAGUUAAAUCUUGGUCGCAAAUGGGUCUUCCAAAUGGACAAUGACCCCAAGCAUACUUCCAAAGUUGUGGUAAGAUGUCUUAAGGACAACAAAGGGAAGGUAUUGGAGUGGCCAUCGCAAAGCCCUGACCUCAAUCCUAUAGAACAUUUGUGGGCAGAACUGAAAAAGUGUGUGCGAACAAGGAGGCCUACAAACCUGACUCAGUUACACCAGCUCUGUCAGGAGGAAUGGGCCAAAAUUCACCCAACUUAUUGUGGGAAGCUUGUGGAAGGCUACCCGAAACGUUUGACCCAAGUUAAACAAUUUAAAGGCAAUGCUACCAAAUACUAAUUGAGUGUAUGUAAACUUCUGACUCGCUGGAAAAGUGAUGAAAGAAAUAAAAGCUGAAAUAAAUCAUUAUCUCUACUGUAUUGUCCUGAGUGGCGCAGUGGUCUAAGGCACUUCGAUCGCAGUGCUAACUGUGCCACUAGAGAUCCUGGUUCAAAUCCAGGCUCUGUCGCAGCCGGCCGCGACCGGGAGACCCAUGGGCGGCGCACAAUUGGCCCAGCGUCGUCCAGGGUAGGGGAGGGAAUGGCCGGCAGGGAUGUAGCUCAGUUGAUAGAGCAUGGCGUUUGCAACGCCAGGGUUGUGGGUUCGAUUCCCACGGGGGGCCAGUAUAAAAAAUAAAUAUGUAUUCACUAACUGUAAGUCGCUCUGGAUAAGAGCGUCUGCUAAAUGACUAAAAUGUAAAUGUAAAAUGUUAUUAUUCUGAGUGGUGAUCUUAACUGACCUAAAACAGGGAAUUUUUAAUAGGAUUAAAUGUCAGGAAUUGUGAAAAACUGAGUUUAAAUGUAUUUGGCUAAGGUGUAUGUAAACUUCCGACUUCAACUGUAUGUAAUGUGUGUGUCUUCUAAAAUGUCUGUGUCCAGUUGCAGGUGGCGCGUUUUGAAUUAAGAGAAUGCUCCGUUAUAAAAAAUAAAUCAAUUUUUUGCUCCAUGAAGUAAUCCAACAAUGUGUACGCCGCCAUUUUGUCUAUUUCAAAAAUUCUCCAGAAAGGAGAAGCGAGAGGGAUAAUUGGGCCAAAAAUCGGUCUUCUACGGCAGGUGGUGGUGUUUCGUUUUUUUCGCUCAGCAAGUGAGGAGUUUUUGUAUGGAGCUCAAUGAGUGUCGAAUUUGGUUAACAAAAAACGAAGCCAUAUGUGGCUUAUCUGAUCGAAUAGAAGUUUUGUAAUGAUUAGGUUGUUACAAGUCACGUGACAUCCCGGCAACUUUGAGGAAAAACACUUUAUAUCGGAGUGGUCCUGGUCGUCACUAGUUGCCACAAAGUUGCUCUUCUUAAAGUGUGAUUUUAAACCUAACCUUGAACACACUGCUAACCUUAUGCCUAACCCUAACCAUAAAAGCAAAAAACAUUUAAAAAAUAAUAAAAAAUUGACGCUGUGGUAUCUAGUGGUAACCGUUGUGCCUGUUGUUCACAUGCGUCCCACAUGAUCUUGCCUCCUCCCGACUCCCUUCUAUUUUUGAAGACUAUGCGCUUUCGAGCGAAUCACUUUUGUUAAGUCAGUGACCAUUGUUACAAAAAUCAUGUGAAAAAAGGUUAUGAAGUUUUAACUGGAGUUGACUGUAAGUUUCUGUAGUUUCUGUAGGUGUUUGUGUUUGACAUGCGAAUGUGACCAAAGACGUGACUUAAACAGGAACCAACUUUCCCGCAAUUCAUGUAUACAGCGGGUAUGUAGAAAUGAAUGUGAUAUUUGACUCUUUCUCUCCCACUAAUUGAUUGUACAAUGUGCACACAUAUAUUUUCAGUUUGUGCGUGUGCGUAAUUUCAACGUUUUAAAGAAAAACUUUAAUAAACAAUGGCAACGCUGCCAUGUUGCACUGAGCCUUGCUGUGGGAAAACCACAUCAGUCAGCUGUUGCAGAUGCACCUCCCCCGACCUCACUCCUCGACGUGCGUCUACAGUCAGUUGCUUUCACCUUACGACUCAAACACGCCCAUGUAUUUUCAUUGUUAGAGCGGCCACUAGAGUAUCUGGUCAGUAUAAUGGAUAACCUGUCUUCUUUCAUUGAUCGAGACAGGUGGGUGUCAUCAUGACAUGCGGCACUUUGGGGUGGACCCACCUGUCUCAAUCAAUGAGAGAAGAUUUGUAAUAGACAAGAUGGCAGCAUACACAUUGUUGGAUUACUUCAUGGAGCAGUUCUUUAUAUAUUGUUUUUAUAACAUAGUAUUUUCUCAAUUCAAACGCACCACCUGCAACUGGACACAUACAUUUUCCCCAGCCUGUUAGCUAUUUAGCCUAUGUUGGCUACCUACUGUUGUAGCUACUGUAAUGAGUCUGUCACCCUUACACACUCACAUGACCUUGGUUGAGAAAGGACUUAGGAUUCCAAUUUAAUGUGUCCAAUUGUUUGUUUUGCCAAAGCCUCUAUGUGUUCUUUGUGUACAGUAGCUAGUUCCCAUUGAAGACACUCCCCCAGCUAAACUGUAUAAAGAAUUCACCUCUACCAAUAUAGUAUUACACAGAAGCCCAAGAAUGUUUCCAUUGCGUUGCAACCCAGUGCCCCCGGACCCUUUGCAAGCCACGUGCACUAAAAGGACAGCCAAAAUUAGAGGCAUGUACAACUGUAGUGCAGAACAGUCUCUGUAAACUAAAGUAUAAGCUAUCGGUAGUAGAAUAGAAAAGAAAGCAAUGCCUACAGUUCUCCAAUAAGGGUAUUGUUAAUCAUGUCUAUGUUUGUAUUUCUGUUAUAGAAGUAGUGAAUUGGAGUGUAUAUAGCACAUUACAUAGGCAAGUUAAACUCAACGAUGUACUUCACAUCAACAGAGUUGAGUGGAGACGAGAGUUGGCGGAGUGUACCUCCGACUACAUCGAGUCGCUGUCCGUCGAUACGAGGAAACAGUCGGUGGUUGUAUUUGAUUAACGUUUUAUAAAAAAUUAUGGAUUUCAGCAAAUAAAGAAAGGCACGCAACAACCGAGGAUAAACAUAGGUACACUGUAAGGGUUUAAGAAUGUAUAUUUUUUAAGUAUCGACUGCAUAGCGACUCGAAGGAGUCGGAGGUUCAUUUCAAAAACUCUAGUCUGCUCUCAACUCUGUGGAGGUGAGGUACUUUGCUACACACUACAAUGAUUAGGGAAUUACACAGUUGUUGACGCCAUGAUAUUGAUGUUCUAUGCAUUUUGUUGUGCAUUGCAUUACCUAUAGAAGUUAGCCUAUAACAUGUUGUAUUAUUAUGUUUUGACUUCCUUUAGUCACAUGUAAUGCGGUUGCUGAUGUGUGAUAUUUGUGCCACAGUACAGUGGGUGUGGACCUAAGAUAAGGUGUUGUAGGUUAUAACAGUAAAUAAAGCUAAUGGUCGUUAAUCAUCCUGAAAGGUUCUGUCUAGGUCAGCCUGGGUAUAUAAACUUAAAGGCCCAAUGCCACCGUUUUCAUCUUGAUAUCAAAUCAUUUCUAGGUAACAAUCAAGUACCUUAAUGUGAUUUGUUUUCAAUUUAAAGGUUCAAAAAGGAAGAAAAAAAAGCUUCUUAGCAAAGAGCAAUUUCUCAAGCAAUACUUUUGAUAGGACUGUUUGGGAGUGGUCUGAUUUGGGAGAGAAAAAACAAAAUCUAGCUGUUAUUGGCAGGGAGGUUUGGAACUCUAUUUCUUGUUGGUCUAUCAACUAAUUUACCGCCUGGUGUUGAAUGUAAAAAAGAUGCAAUUUCACAGUAUUAUUCCAUCCUCCAUAGUGUGGAAAUAUAAAACACAGGAAAAAAAUUUUUUUGACUUCACUGGGCCUUUAACACAAGAUGCUGGUCCUAGGUUUACAGUCAAACCUAUUUUGGGACGUUUUUUUCCUUUCCUUCUGGGAGCAUAUUCCUCCCACUUGAUUUGACAUAAUUUCUAAUUCACUAUUCAUUUUUACAUGAGCUGAGGGCGAAGUCAAGCCAUGUAUGUCAAAUUACAGAAUUCCACCAUACUCCUGCCCAGUAGUUCAGUGGAUCAUAAAAGCGUGAAAGGUGGGAUAAUGGGUGAAAACUUAAGCUGGUCAGGAGAUGAUUGCAGACAUUUUAAUUAUAUUUUAUUUUGUACUUCAGGGACUUGAGGCUAAUGUCAGAGCUAAGAAAAAUAACUAUUAUAUUAUGGGUUGUGUUGUCAGAGACUUCCGAUUUUCUCCAGUGAGCCUUCCAUCUACAGUAGUCCAGUACGGUGGAUAUUAUUAGUUAGUGGUGGGAUAAUGGUUGAAAAUGAUGAGCUUGGGCUUCCGUCUGCUUUCCACACCUCAGCCGGAGGAAUUUGCUUCCUGGCAGAGUUCCCAAGAUACCACCAGUUCAAGCCAGUCUGUCUGCUUGCCGCUCUUACUUUGUCUGACAAGCUGUUGUUUGUUGUGCAUUGCCUUUCUUGUUGAUCUUUCCUGUGCUGUAGCUGAAUACAUUCUUUAAUAGGCCUUGGUUUUUAUCUCACUCCCGUCAAUGUGAAGUGCUGAUUUUAUAGGGCUGAUAGCCUAGUCCAGUGUUGUCAAACUCUUUUUCCCCCGGGGGCCGCACUCGGUCUUCAACGAGGUCCGGGGGGCCGCACUCGGUCUUCAACGAGGUCCGGAGGGCCGCACUCGGUCUUCAACGAGGUCUGGAGGGCCGCACUGAAAACUGGUUAUAUUUCCUCGCCGUCAAAAUGUGGCCCAAAUAGUCCUCUAUCCAUCGUUAUUGGAAUCUUUGAUGCUCGCUGACUGUCUAGCUUUCAUUUCGGUGAUAAUUAGUGAGCUGAUACUCUGUGUGACUGUGAGAGCAAAGUCUUGCAGCGGAUCACUUUUGUGAAGUCGGUGACUAUCGCUGGUCACUGCCUUUCAAAGUGUGUUGCAUUCUGGGGAUAGAACUUGUCCGACUUGCGCCUACAUGCCAACUUCAUGAAUUUUACAAAAAUCAUGUGAUCAAAGGUCAUGAAGUUUUGACUGCAGUCGACUGCACGUUUCAGCAGUUGCUCUUCAUCAACUUCCUCCAGCAGCCAUCGCCUGCAUUGUGGGAGGCUCUUUUGUAAAGCAAUCAUUAGGGUUUUUUGUUUGACCCACACGAACGUGACCAAAGACAUGACUGAAAGAGGAAACAAUUUGCUGUGAGUUAUGUAUACACUGGAUAUAUAUACAAGUUAAUGUGAUAUUUGAGGCUCUCGCUCACUAAUUGAUUGUACAAUGUACACAAAUAAAAUUGUAAUAUGAUUUCAGUUAUUUGUGAGUGUGUGAUAUAGGGGUUAGAUACAUUUUAUAAACAAUGGCAACACUGCCAUGUUGAUCUGAGCCUUGCGGUUAGAAAACCACAUUAGUGUCUGACUUUCGGCUGUCACAGAUGCACCUCCCCCGACUUCACUCCUCGACUUUCGUCUACAGUCUGUUGCUUUAGCCUUACCACUCAAACACGUCCAAUAGCUGCUCAUGGCAACGUCAUCUCGCUGAGUCUACCUUUUUAAAUUACAAAGUCAAUCUCAAUGUGACACACCAGAUUCAGUAGCUUGAAAACCCCAUUAGAUUUUCUGCCCUCCAUUUUUUUUUUUUUUUGUGGUUAGUUUAGGAGGAAUUAUAAUAGUUUCAGUAUAGUUUGUUUUUCAAACAGGUUUGUUAAUUAUUUCAUUUCAGUUUACUAAAGUGUUUUUUUAUGAUUAGUUUUUCAUUUACUAUAAUCAACUCGGACUGUUCCUCUGUGUUCCCCAGACGUGUGGCUGCUCCUACUCCACCUCCAGCCAGAGAAACGCCCAGUUCUACACAGACCCCACAGACGCUGUGAACGACAUCCCCAGUGGAGCCACUAUCCUAGUGGGAGGUAAAAUCAGGAGACCAUCAAGACUUCACUGUGGGAUUUGAAAGGAGCUAUUUCCUGGGAUGCAUUACCAAUGCGGCUGUCACUGUAGACUGUUUACCCCUACCCCUUAACACUUCAUAGAUUUGAAAGAAUUGGAUAGGAGUGUAAGCAGAAACCGUUCCACCUAGCCUAUCAGAGGACAAGGUGGAGCUAUUAUCAUAUUGUUGAUGCCUAUCUCUUACAGGUAGGAUAUAGAGCAACUUGGAUAUGGGCAAAUGUGUUAUAUGAACCAACUGUAUAUGUCAUUAUCAUAUUUUCUCUGUUCAAGGCAAGCUGCUUAUCUUUUUCAGCAGGGGAAAUUCUGACUCACACAUUGCCCUGUGUCCACUUCAUAGUAAUGGGCCAUGCUCUCCAUUUCAGCUACACUCUGAAUCAUUCUGUCUCAUUACCCCCAACACACACACACACACUGGGCUGCUACGACAGAUUCCAUAAUAAUAGAAUUCGGCUUGUGUGUCCACUGUGUCUAAAGAAAACUUAGUCUACAGAGCCACUGUCUUUCCUAGGAAAAUAAAUCAAGAGGGUUAUUAAUAGAAAUGAGUGUAAACGAUUUAUUUAUUUAUUCUCUUUCUCUGUCACUAGGGUUUGGUUUGUGUGGCAUCCCAGAGAACCUUAUCAACAGUUUAUUAAAGACUGGUGUAAAGAGCCUCACAGCCGUCAGCAACAAUGCUGGGUAAGUGAAUGCUGGGUAAGUGAGUGUGGGGGUGGGUGUCUGCAUGUGUGUUUGCUCACACGUCCAGGUGCCUGCAUGCAACUCAAACCGUGGGUGCAUUCAGUGGUGGUGGCCAUGCUUUUGAAGGUUGUUGUCACGACAACCUCAACACACCCAAACCCCACUCUCUUUGUUUCGAUAAUAAAUGGCCAAGUUGAAAGAGGACAGGAGAAAUUCGUUUUUUUAAAUUUCUGCCAUGGCUGGAUUGAUUUCCACAUCAUUUGUUUGUUUACAUUUUAGUUAAGUUUAAGUGUGCUGAAAUUCACCUCUCAUUUCAAUAUUAUUGAUAUAUUCUUGCACCUCAGCAAAUUACUUUUCACCUGUGUCUGACUUGUAGAAUCGAUUUCCCAUUCACUUCCGCAAUAAUUACUGAUUUGUUACUGCGGUUAGGAAGUGGUUGUUGCCACAGAUGCACAGUGCUAGUUGAGAACCUAACUUCAGGAGAAUGUGUGCGUUCUCCUCUUUGCUGCUAUUAUGACCAGCCUGUGUUUUAUAAUGCCAUUUAGAAUCUGUUUAUAAUGACCGACCUCCCAACAGAGACCCUGUCAGGUCCAAACAUUUUAAACAACAGUUUCUCAUAAUGAAGCUUCCCUGUGUGGGACCAGGGGGGUAGGAUAAAGUUGCCCCAAGAUGCUAAUCUAAGGUCAGUUUUACGAUCUACACUAGAUCUGUCAUUAGGGCAACUUCCACACAGAGCUGGGGUCAAAGCACCUUUCACAAGGGGUCAUGACCUUGAAUGACAUAGUUUUCCAACCACUCCUAAACUGUUUUGAUUGUCUAUCGAUGUAGUGUUGUCCAGUCUUAAAGGGUCAGGGGAACUGUUUUUCACCAGUGACCAGAGGGAGGGACUGACCACUGUGCUGAGUGGUUGGCUAGUUUCAACCCAAGCUAUCAGUGAGGAUGAACUAAUCCUGCUAGACGUGUGGUGAACUGCAGGACCAACUCUCUAAGGGUAAUAAUAUAAUACUAAUAAUAAUAAUAUGCCAUUUAGCAGACGCUUUUAUCCAAAGCGACUUACAGUCAUGUGCGCAUACAUAUUUACGUAUGGGUGGUCCCGGGGAUCGAACCCACUACCCUGGCGUUACAAGUGCCAUGCUCUACCAAUUGAGCUACAGAGGACCACAGGAUGACUCACUGACUGGAACAAAGUGUCUAACUGUUUGUCUUCAGAAAGCAGAGAAAUGUUUCAUACUUAAUUAAUGUUGGCCUACGACUUAUCUACAACUGCACGUGUGUAGGUCUAAUAUGAAGCAGUGGGACAGACUGUGAAUCUAAUAGUAGUUGUGGGCAUGGUGCCAGGGUUAUAUUCUAGUCUCUUCGCCUGCUCCAUUUCAGUGUGUUAGUUUAUAAAGAGAUGACUUUAGCACAUCCCAGUCAUGCCACAGUAGGUGGAUAAAAUAAUUUGGCCACAGAGCAAGCCGUUGUUUGAUUUCAUUGGCUUGUAUUUGGUAUCAUUUCCUGGCCAUGUUGAGCUAUGAAGAGGACAUCCACCGAAAACGUUUCCCCUGCUACUCGUUCUAUGUGCCUCCCUCUAUACCUAAUCUCUUUCAUAGAAACCGGAAGAACCAGUCAUUCUAGAGCAGGGUUCCCCAACUGGUGGCCUGUGGGUGGUUUUAUUUGGCCCCAUAGUUUUCUGAGCAAAAACAUUUUCAUUGUUUUUUAAAUUUUCAUUGUUGCACAUAAGACUGUAUAAACACCAGUAAAUUAGCUACAAGAUUGACAUUUUGGAAAUCUGUUCCCAAGUAUUCCCACGCGUAAUAGAGCGACACAUCAUGACCGUACACAAAUGGAAGCAAGGUUUGAAAUGAUUAUGUUUUAGUCAAAUAUUAUAUCUGUUUAGGAUUCUUGCGCUAAAUUUGCAGUCUACAAAUUAUUUAGUCCCAUGGCUGAAUCUAGUUGAUGAUCCCUGUUUUGUGAAUUUGAAUAAGUUAAAAUGUCUGGGGACAGGCCUAUACUCGACCAAAAUAGACUAUUUGAUAUGUCUACUAGUCAGACAUCCGUCAGGAAUCUGA